AUGGUCGCUGCUGACGUCUUCGCUUCCGGCUCGACCGCACUCAUCACUGGCGGCGCUUCCGGCGUUGGUCUCGCCAUUGCCAAGCUGUGCGACAGCAAGGGCAUGAACGUUAUCCUUGCGGAUCGCAACGCGGAGGCCCUCGAGUCCGCCAAGAAGCAGAUCAAUGGCAUAGUUCACACUUCAAAGGUCGAUGUGUCCAACACUGUCGAUUGGUCCCGGCUCAAGGAGGAGGUCGCGAGGGACUUUGGGAGCAUUGAGCUCUUGGUCUUGAACGCGGGCACGGGUAUGAAAGGCUCAUGGGGUGACCAAGAGUAUUUCGUCAAGACCCUCGAGACGAACCUCUUUGGCGUCAUCCAUGGCAUCGGUGCUUUCCUUCCUGUGGUGAAAAAGGCCUCGGAAGCAAAGCCAACGGCGAUUGUGAUCACCGGAAGUAAGCAGGGUAUCACCAACCCGCCUGGUAAUCCCGCCUACAAUGCCUCCAAGGCGGCUGUCAAGUCGCUCGCCGAACAGCUGAGCUUCGAUCUCAGAGAUACCAAGACGAGCGCUCACCUCUUGGUCCCUGGCUGGACCCACACCGGCUUGGUAGCUGCAUCUGGCAAGGAGAAGCCCGAGGGUGCAUGGGCGCCUGAGCAGGUAGCCGACUACCUCUAUAAGAAGAUGUCGGAGGACCAGUUCUACAUCAUCUGCCCUGAUAAUGAUGUUGAUGAGCAGACUGACAAGAAGCGUAUGCUGUACGCAGUGGGCGAUAUUGUGCAAGGACGCCCACCUCUUUCGCGAUGGAGAGAGGAUUGGAAGGACAAAGCCGCCGAGACAAUCGCCAAUACUCAAGUAUAA